AUGAGAGUUCUCCCAGCUACAUUGCUGGUCGGAGCGGCCGCUGCCGCUACACCGGCCCAGCAGGUCCUCGGCGGUCUGCAGGACUUCGGAAACACCUUCCAGGACGCCGUGCAGGAGAACCUGCCCAAACUGAACAAGCCUCUCGAGGCUUUCCAGGAACAUCUUAAGACUCUUUCUGACGAGGCUCGUGAUCUCUGGGAGGAGGUUGCCGAUGCUUUCCCCCAGUCUCUUGACCACAACCCUGUCUUCUCUCUGCCGAAGAAGCACACCCGCCGCCCUGACUCGCACUGGGACCACAUUGUUCGUGGUGCUGAUGUUCAGAGCGUCUGGGUGACUGGUGAGAAUGGUGAGAAGGAGAGGGAGAUUGAGGGUAAGCUUGAGGCUUAUGAUCUGAGGAUCAAGAAGACCGACCCGGCUUCUCUUGGCAUCGACCCCGAUGUGAAGCAGUACACUGGCUAUCUGGAUGAUAACGAGAAUGAUAAGCAUCUGUUUUACUGGUUCUUUGAGUCUCGAAAUGACCCCAAGAACGACCCUGUUGUCCUGUGGUUGAACGGUGGCCCUGGCUGCUCAUCUCUUACUGGUCUCUUCAUGGAGCUUGGCCCCAGCAGUAUCGACAAGAACGCCAAGCCAGUCUACAACCCUUACUCUUGGAACGCCAACGCUUCCGUGAUCUUUUUGGACCAGCCCGUCAACGUUGGCUACUCUUACAGCGGCAGCGCUGUUAGCGACACUGUCGCUGCUGGCAAGGACGUCUACGCCUUGCUAACCCUCUUCUUCAAGCAGUUCCCUGAGUAUGCUGAGCAGGACUUCCACAUUGCUGGAGAAUCCUACGCUGGCCACUACAUUCCCGUUUUCACUUCUGAGAUUCUUUCUCACCAGAAGCGCAACAUCAACCUCAAGUCCGUCCUCAUUGGUAACGGUCUGACCGAUGGUCUCACCCAGUACGAAUACUACCGCCCCAUGGCCUGCGGUGACGGUGGCUACCCCGCCGUUUUGGAUGAGGCUAGCUGCCAGUCCAUGGACAAUGCCCUGGGCCGGUGCCAGUCUAUGAUUGAGUCUUGCUACAGCAGUGAGAGUGCUUGGGUCUGUGUUCCUGCCUCUAUCUACUGUAAUAACGCCCUUCUCGCUCCUUACCAGCGCACCGGACGCAAUGUUUACGACGUUCGCACCGAUUGCGAUCCCGGCACCAGCCUCUGCUACAAGGGUAUGGACUACGUCACCGAGUACCUGAACAAGCCCGAAGUCAUUGCGGCUGUCGGUGCCGAAGUCAGUGGCUAUGACUCCUGCAACUUCGACAUCAACCGCAACUUCCUCUUCCACGGUGACUGGAUGAAGCCUUUCCACCGUCUUGUUCCCGGCAUCCUUGAGCAGAUCCCUGUCCUCAUCUACGCUGGUGAUGCUGACUUCAUCUGCAACUGGCUUGGAAACAAGGCCUGGGCCGAGGCUCUUGAAUGGCCCGGCCACAAAGAGUUCGCCGCUGCUUCCCUUGAGGACCUCAAGAUCGUCGACAACGAGCACACCGGCAAGAAGAUUGGCCAGGUCAAGUCCCACGGCAACUUCACCUUCAUGCGUCUCUUUGGCGGUGGCCACAUGGUCCCCAUGGACCAGCCUGAAGCUUCUCUCGAGUUCUUCAACCGUUGGCUCGGUGGUGAGUGGUUCUAG